AUGAGCAACGACGCGGCCGUGCCCAUCUCGGACGACGAGGUGCUCGCCCUCGCAAAGGCCGCCUACCACCACUCGCAGGACCUCAGCCAGCGCGGCCCCGAUGCUCCCCGCGACCUGCAGCAGCAGCAGCAGCAGCCCGGCAUCACCAUCGACCUCGGCCACAAGAACAUCGCGCGCCUGCCCGACGAGGUCAUCGAUGUCAUCCGCCUCGAAAUCGAGAGGCUCGCCCUCUCGCACAACCUCCUCUCCACCCUCCCCUCGCGCCUCAUAGAAUGCAAGCGCCUCCGCUACCUCAACGUCCGCUACAACGCCAUGCGCGAGAUCCCCAAUGCCAUCCUCGACAUGACCUCCCUGGAGAUUCUCGACGUGAGCAGGAACAAGAUCAGAUCCAUCCCCCACAAGAUUGCAAACUUGACCUCGCUCAAAGUGCUCGCCAUUGCCAAGAACAAAAUCGAGGAGCUGCCCGUGUGUCUGGGCGACAUCAACAGCCUGCAGGUCUUGAAGCUCGACGGCAACCCCUUGACCUUUCCGCCUCCCGAAGUCUGCACCAUCAAAGACAACGCCCCCUCGCCCGCCAACGAGAACGAACGCGAUGCCGUCAUCGCUACGCAGGUGAAGAAGUUCAUGCGCCAGCAGGCCUCUAAGCAACGCCAGCGAGCCGAGCUGGAACGUAUACGCAUCGAGUCAUCGAGCGACGAGAGCUGGACCGAAAGCAAUCCAGAGACACCGCGACCCUCGAAACGAGCCGCCGGUGGUCGGUUUCCCGUACGACCCAGCGUCAGCACACUCGACGGUUUCGCCGAGGGAAAGGCAGACUCGCCAGGGCUAGCAGCACCGCCUAUACCCACCCGCUCUCACUACCGCGUCUCCUCGCAGACGAGCAACAGUGGCAUGAAACUACGACCUCCCCUGUCCCCCUUGGUCUUGACAAACAGCCUGAACGAGCGAAAUCGAAGCCAGAGCGAGGGCGCAGGCCCCUCAACACAGCGCCAGAAACGCAUGGGCAUCUACACCAACAAGCACCAAGCGUCUGAGCAGCUUGGCUCGGUCGACGAACUCAGACGGACCAGCCACUUCCGUGGCUUCAGCCAGGGCAUCGUUGUUCCUUCCAACGCUGCCAACGGUAUACCUGGACCUGCCACCGCCGUUGGGUACGGAGACACGGGGACUGUUCGGUCGCUGGCAAACCGUCCCUUGUCUGACGUGCGAGAACAUAGACGCGGCUCUCGUGCUCCUGACAUUGUUGUUGAGGCGGCCAGGAAAUUCCUCUACGCGAUAUCUCAGCUGCACGAUUGUGUCCAUCACAUGCUUCGGUCCGUCAAGUUGAUGGCGAGGCCGAAAGAAGCUCUGCGGCGGAAGGAGGACUUUUACCGUCGUUUUUCGAGCACCUACCUCAACAUCAGAGCUAUGAGCGAUGUGCUAAACAAGUUUGGCGGUCUCGUCGAAGAAGACGAAGAAGAAGCGCAAAGACUCUCGAGGAGUGUUUACGUGUAUGCUCUGCGAUGUUUGGAGUCGUUCAUGUCAAUCACUCUGUCUAUUGCAGAGAAUCGUGCGGAGAUCACACAGAACGCUAACCCGCAGGUGGUGCAGACUUUCCUGUUUCUGCAACAAGGCAGCUUGAUUGAAAUGAGGAAUGCUUGCUCUGUGUUGGGCGCACAAUUCAAGCGCACCUCUGCAAACUCACGCACGCCCAGUGCAGUAGACGCACCAGGAACAAUACGCGCACGACCAAGAGUCCGACGGUUCCCAACGUCACCACCGCAGCGAGGCCAAUACCAAAUACCUCCACCGGUCAUGCUGCACAGCAACGACAACAGCCGAACAAACACCAUGACCAGCCUCAGCGCUGCAACGCCCCGGUCAGGAGAGUCUUUCUCUACGCUGGCUACGAACAUGUCCCGCACGAACACGAUGACCAGCAGCUUCGACGAGUCUGAUGAGGAUGUUCAGUUUGACCGAGUCUACCAGAAGCUGCGAAACGCAAGUGAGAGCUGCAGGACCUCGAUUCCUCAGAUUACCCGUCUGCUACGAGAGCAGUUCGACGUCUUGCGACGCGACUUAGAUUCCGACCAUCCCAGAAUCAAAGCUCUUGCUGGCUUGAUUGACAAGAGCAACGAAGUACAGCAGAUGACGGCUCCUCUUGCCAGCCGCCUGUCGCAGAUGCAACUGAAGGAUAGCUACACCCGCAGCCAAAUCGAGUUCUGGCAGCAAUGCAUGGGUUUCAUCAAGGCUUGGGGCGAACUAGCUACCGCCUAUACACAGCAGGGCAGGGAUCACAAACUCCUGAGUCCCGAGGUGAAGCAGCUCAUGAAGCCCCUUCACAAAACGGUCAAAGAAGCUAGCUCUGCCAUCUACAGCUCGCCUUGGUCACACCUGACAUCUAGCUAUUCCGGUUCAAUGGGUCCGCCUUCGCUGUCGUCGAUCACCUCACGUACGCAGCCACCCAGAUUUCUCAGUCGACCAGGCAUGGGUGCCAGUGGGGGCUCCUCUUACCUCGGCCCCAUCAAUACACAGAUCCCCACAAUCAACUCGACCUUCUCUGCACAGCCCUACUCUGCCGCAGGCCUCGUGUCACAAGGGUCUGGUGGCUAUGGCACUCCAGUACCAGCAACGCCUUUGAGCGCUGCCCUUGGUGCUGCAGCACAGGCUACAGUGCCCAACACACCCAAGUUUGCUCCUGGUCACGGGUCCAAUACUCUCAAUGUCUUUGAGCGGGCAGACAGGUUGCUGAACCAGACCCAGCGACGUAUUUGA